UGUCUUUUUGUAGUUUCGUGUCGUAUCGUUGAAAAAAAGUUGUUGGUUGUUGCUGUGCUCCUGUCAAUAAAGUUUUUGAUUAAUUUUUAUUUUCAUUUUUUGUUUGUUUGUAUUUUGUUUUAUUUUUUUAAUCAUAUUGGUGGCAAUUGUUGGGGAAAUCAAAUAUAAAUUACUUUCGCUACAGAACUAAGCAAAAGAAAGUAAAUCAAAUUUAUAUAUAUUUUGUUUUUACUUAUUUGAGAAAAUGAUUUCUCAUUUGGGAAAUGCCACCGUCGCCACCGCCGCCGGUUCAAAGUUCAGUGGCGGGGCAGCCGUAGCAAAACGGUUACAACUACUCCAACCCAACCGCUUUAAAACUACCACCUCCUCUCAAGACAACUAUCAAUAUCUACAUAAAUCGAAGCUACCAACUCUCUACUUUCAAAAAUCUCUCCCCCGCCUUCCCAUUCCCGAGCUGGAAAAAACUUGCCAACGUUAUUUAGCUGCCGUUGAGCCUAUAUUAUCGCCAGAAUCCUUACAAACAACCAAAUCGAUUGUGUCCAAGUUUUCCUCUGGCACAGGACAACAGCUUCAAGAGCUUCUUAAAAAAUCAGAUACUACCAACAAACACACAAGUUACAUAUCUCAGCCAUGGUUCGAUAUGUAUUUAACCGAUAGAUCUCCAUUACCAGUUAAUUACAAUCCAUUGCUUGUUAUGAAGUACGAUUCGAGGCCCGAAUACAAUAAUCAAUUGAUUCGGGCAUCCAAUCUGGUAAUAAGUUCAUUGCGAUUCAUGCGAUCGCUGCAAGCGAACUACCUCGAACCCGAGGUAUUUCACAUGAAUCCGUCUAAAAGCGACAACGAUCGAUUUAGACAAAUUACUAGCUUGGCGCCUACAGCUGUUGCUACUUAUGUAGCUUAUGCUUUCAAGGCUUUUCCUCUUGAUAUGAGUCAAUAUAGUCGAUUAUUCGGAGUCACUCGUAUUCCACAAAUAGGUAAAGAUCGUAUUUAUCAAACUAAUGAUGGUGAGGGAUCUCGUCAUAUUCUUGUGAUUCGUGGUGGGAAAUAUUUUGCGGUGGAAGUAAUCAAUGAUGAUGGAGAGAUCAUCCCAGCCAAUCAUAUUUUGGGUCGAUUAAAAGUAGUUAUGGAACAAAAUCCAUCGGGAGAGAUUUUAGAUAAUCAACCGCUUGGUUUAAUGACUGCUGCUAAUCGUGAUGCAUGGGCGAAAACUCGUCAAUAUGUUAUAGAUAUUGGGCAUUCUAAGCAAAUGGAACUUAUCGACUCGGCUCUGUUUUGUUUAUCUUUGGAUUCGGACGAAAUUAAAUAUGAAGAAGCUGAGCCCCAGAAGCUUAUAAAAGAUUUUCUAGCUGGAAGUGGCAUUAAUAGAUGGUUUGACAAAUCUAUCACACUGAUUGUUGGGGGCGAUGGAACUGCCGCAGUUAAUUUUGAACACUCUUGGGGUGAUGGGGUAGCUGUACUACGGUACUUUAAUGAAAUCUACAAAGAUUCGACUGAAAAACCACACAUACAUCCAAGUACAAUACCAUAUUUACCUCAAAAUGGUGAUAACUCAGUACGCUCUAUUGAUUUUCAACUGGACGAUCGCAUCUUAGAUGAUAUAUCAAAAACUAAACAACAUCAUAAUAAAACAAUGGAUAGCCUUGAUAUCGAUGUACUACGUUUUACAAAUGGUAUCAACAAGAAGUCUUGUAAACGCAGUGGUGUCAGUCCGGAUUCUGUAAUGCAAUUGGCUUUUCAAUUAGCUUAUAAGCAAGCAUUUGGUAAAUAUGUUGGCACGUAUGAGUCGUGCAGUACAGCAGCUUUUCGACAUGGUCGUACUGAAACAAUGCGACCUUGUACGAUGGCAACUAAAGCAUUUUGUGAUUCGGUGCUAGCAUCAGAUAAUCAACACAAGCCCGAUGAUGCAGCUUUGCGUGCAAUGAUUAACAAGUGUUCAAUUGUGCAUGGCCAAUUAACAAAAGAUGCAGCUAUGGGUCAGGGAUUUGAUCGUCAUUUGUUUGGAUUACGCCAUGUAGCUCAAUUAAAUGGAAUAGAUGUUACAGAUCUUUAUAAUGAUGAGGCUUAUAAAAAAAUUAAUUACAAUAUCAUAAGCACAAGCACAUUGUCAUCGCCAUCUGUUUUGCUUGGGUCUUUUGGGCCAGUUGUAACCGACGGACUUGGUAUUGGAUACACUAUUCAGGAUGAUGAAUGUGGUGCUAUAGCAACAACAUACAAAGGCCAAUGCAAUGGAAGUAUGUUUAUCGAUAGUUUAAAUGAAGCAUUUACCAAAAUUCGUGAUAUAUUAGAGACAGAAAAAACAUCAUAAAUUUAAUUCAUGUGUCCACUUGGUGCUCGUUAUUUUUAUUUUAAAUUUGAUUUCUCUGUAAUAUUUUUUCUUAUAUAUUUUAAAUUAAGCCAAAUAAAUAAAAAAAAAUGUUUGAA